AUGAUUAUCCCAGUAAGAUGCUUCACAUGUGGAAAGAUUGUUGGAAAUAAGUGGGAGGCUUAUCUUGGACUUCUGCAGGCAGAAUACACUGAAGGAGAUGCACUGGAUGCUCUAGGCUUAAAGAGGUACUGUUGUCGCCGUAUGCUUCUGGCUCAUGUGGACCUGAUAGAAAAGCUUCUAAAUUAUGCUCCACUGGAAAAAUGA